AAGCCAUUGUCUUGCCCACUAACAGUUCUUUGUAACGACAUCCAUGCCGCUAUGAAAAAGCUUCAGUUUAGUGUCUACCGGGGAGAUGUGUACAAGAAAGUUGCAGAAUCACAAUUUACUUUCAAGUUUCUUUGCUCCAUGAAGUCAUUUCUGUUAAAUCUUAUGGGGAACGAGUGCUUCAAAGACAGGCUUGUCCAACAUUUUCAACGAGUUCUACCACUUCUGAGUGAGCCAGAAAGUUCCCUGAUUGGCCAACUUAAAAUAGAUCGAAACUUGGUUGAAGUGCAGAAUGGCUGGUUUUGGUCUUUCUCUGAAGGAGCUUUUGUAAAAGGAGUGAUCCCAGAAUCAGAGGUGAGAGCAUACGUUUUCAUCAGUAAAGGUUGUUUUAAUUCCGUUAUCACAAUUUUCUUGGCUAAAAUUUAUCUGCUGGCUAAAAUGACAAGGUAUCUGUUCAUUAGAAAAGUCGUUUUUCUAUUACUAUACAACAUAUUUAACCUUGGAAUAUGUCAAAUCAAGUGCUAUUCAGUUUCGAGUUACCUAAUCUAGGACUACUCCUAGUUUGUUGGCGGGUAAAGGUUUCUACUUCUUCUUUUACCUAUUUAUUACAUGUCUGUAUGUUUUAACAGUUUUUUUUUCUCUUUUCUACAGCGAGGUAUCACAUCACCAAGAGCGUAUGUCCACUAUGACAGCCUCCAAGAGCCCGAUCCUAAAUACUUCGAGCAAAUUCUAACCAAUAGCCUACCCGAAGGGCAAAUACAACAGUUUUGCGCUGCUUUUCUCGCGCUAUUCAGAGAUAAAGAACAUAAGCGACCUGUGCCAUGUGCCAUCGGAGCUUCUGACAGCGGCAAAACGAGCCUGUUCAGCCCAGUGUUUCAAAUUGUGCCGUUAAGCCGAAUCGCUCGCGUGACCAAACAGAAGAGCUUUAACAAGUCGAUGAUUGACAGCUCCACGGAAGUUAUCUUUCUCGACGAGGCAUACAACAACCUGCUCGACAUAGAUGACUGGAAGAUAAUUUGUCAAGGCGGUUUUACAUCCCACGAUGUGAAAUGGAAGAAGGCCCAGGGGUUCCACUGCCGUGCAAGUAUGUACAUUACAUGUCAACAGGAGAUGGACUUUGGCGAGGCCCACAAUGACGCGAUGAACCGAAGACUUCACAAGUACUUCUUCAGAAGCUUGCCGCAAGUUAACCCGGAGGCCAACCAGUGGCUGCGAGAACAUGCAAUGGACUGCAUCGUAUGGGCCCAAAAGAUGGUUGCUACAAACUCCACUACCGCACAGACUGGAAGGACUUCAGGAGAGCGUGAGGACGGUUUAGAAAGUGAAGACAUUCAGAGAAUUUUGUCCGUUUCCCUACUGGACGAGCACGCCCCCGAGUGCAACACGGAAGGCGGUGAAAUCUCACUCACGGAUGAAGAGGAGAGUGAAGCCGAAAGCGACAGCUCCGAUGAAAAUGAAGAUAACAACCACAUAGACAAGCUUCGCCAUGAGCUCGAAAAGGUGGUGCCGGGUGGGUUUCGGCACAGACAGCUGAGCAUGCUCCUGCGAAACGCUCAAACACAGCACAAAGCCAUCCAAGAUCGUCAAAUCGCCGGACGUCGACGAUAUCUAGUAAAUUUGGGAGUGACCAGCAAAUCGCAGGCAGAUCGACUGAUUACGCAUCCCGACGAGCCACCACCAACCGACCUCGCUCGCAGAGAACAACAGGCCUUGAAUGAUAGGGCAGAACGUCUCGAAAAGCAAAGGGAAAGAGAUGAGCAAGAGAAAGUAAAAAAAGCAUUCUCUAAUCCGUGGCUGUUAGAAAUAGAAAAAGAGAUGGCCGAGAACAAUAUGCGUUUAGAGAGAGGCACAGACCCCGACAUGAGUGCAACGCUGACGAGUCUUUUAGAGAUUGAUUGUGAGAAACUCCGCGCAUUUCACGAAAAACAAGGUACCAUUCGCCUGCAGAUGGCCGUGGAAAAAAGGAAAGAAAUCUGUGUGAAACGUGGAUUAGUGGAUCCUAGGUACGCGAGUUCCAUUAGAGAUGUGUACUCACCUUUACCGGUUAUCGUCGAAGGUAGCAACCAAAACAUGUCCAGACCAACAGCUUCAAACGACCAUAGUAAUACGCGAAAGACACCAUCUUACGACCCGCCUGAGGACACGCACCAGACGAUGUUUACUCCACCUACGAGCCAGGAGGCCGUCGAAUCGGAGAGCGAGGACAUGUUCAUUACACCGAAGACACCUUGUUACGAGCCCUCAUUUGAUGAAAGCAUUUGCACAGGCUCUUCACCAUUACUGAGGCGAGUACCCUCACCUGACAACAGACCUUCGAAGCGAGCAAGACUCUCGAGAAGCCAAACAACCGAGGGACAGAAGCGGGUGACUACCUUUUUCAGUUCGCAGAAACGUGUAAAAAAGUAG